AGCACAUACAAAUUAAGUUCUUACAAAGACCGGAACAUCUACAGAUACCAAAUGACAGUGCUGUACAUGGAUUAUUAGUCAAUCGUUUACCCGAGUCAGAGAAAACCCAUGACGUCACUUCUAUUCAGAGCACAGAUAAUUUCUCGGAUGUAAAAGCAACGCUGGAUUUUCCUAAGUAGACGCGAAAUGGACUGUAAACAACACGACAGAAAGCGUGCAGAUUAUAUUUGUACGACAUGCAAUAACGCGCCGAUCUGUCGGGAUUGUAAAACCGGGAAACAUAGCAAUCAUACAGUAAGAACGCCACGGGAAGUUGCUGUCAACAUCGAGAAAGAACUAACAAAACUGAAAAUUAAUGACACCCAAGUUAUUGCUGACCUUGAAUCUGACAGACAGUAUGUACCUUGUUUGAAAGAAGAACAGGGAAAAGAAAAUAAGGAGAUUGAAAAGCAAAUCAAUUUGCAACGUGGAAGAAUUCACGAGGCAGUCGAUAGAAUUGCUAAUAAUUUGGUGUCUUUGUACAAAUCGAAAAUGGAACAGAACUGCGACAUCCUCGACAAGCGUGCUAACGAAAUGCAGCAACACAUUGAAAUAACAUCUAAACACAUAUCUGAAGUGAGAGCCAUUCUGGAAGAACUUGAUGACGUCGAAGUCAUAAAUAAGGCAGGACGCCUUGUUGUUAGCAGGAUGUUAGAUUUUGAUGAUCUAGAAAAAGCAACAUACAAACCAGGAAUAAUUAAUAUUACAAAACUGGAAGAGAUGAUGGGUUGUUCAACAUGUUCUUUACCGGAAAAUGUGCCGAAUAUAACAUCAAAAGAAGCUAAGAGAGCGCAACACUGUGUUAAUGCCAAUAUUGCCAGGACAACUGUCAGAGCCUCUUCUGUCAAUCAAAGUUCAGAUUUUGUGGGUUCGGUACACGUAUCUCAACAAAGACUCGAGGUCAAAGAACGCGCAACCUUUCAGUGUUCUAAGAAUCUGCUUGCAAAAUCAUAUGCGUUCGAGAUAUGGCCGACAACAAAAAGAUUCUCGUGUAUAAAUUGUACAGGCAAAAACAAGCUGAAACUAUUCGAUAAAAACGGUCGUAUAGAAAAAAUCCUGAAACUUUAAAACCAUAUAGGUGGCAUGUUCGUUACACCCGAGGUGACUGAUUCAUUGUUGUUUUGUUGUUAUGGUGACAAUUGUAUCAAACAGGUGACUGGCCCAGAGUUACAUGUGUCUACGGCCUUCUCCACAGAAUCUCUUUAUCCACGGUGUGUUUGUAGAUCGAUGGAGGAUGACGAAAUUCACGUGACCCUCGUAGACAGUAAUGAUUUUACAAUAACACCUAGCAGUAUGCGUUGUGUAGCAACUUUCAAGAAAGGAGUAUUAUCACGCAGGGUGGAAAAGGACAAAUUUGGAGACGCUAUAUUUGUAAAACCCAGUCGAGUAAAAUUAAACAAGACUGGUGACAUUUUGGCCGUGGUUAAUCGUACAGACAUAUACAACACUCAUCUGGUGCUCCUCAACAAAGAUCUAACGUUGAAAUUGAGAUACCUAGGUAAUCAUGUAGUUUUGAAUGAUACACAGCGCUUUCAAUACCACCUAUAUUCACCUGAAACGCCAUACACAAUUAACGACUUUGAAUUCAUCGCCGGGGACAAUCUUAUAGUGUGCGAGCGGUACAGCCGCUGUGUCCAGCUCCUUGCGGGGGGACUUUCGACAUUUGAGGACCGUUGUACCGUCAGGGAAUGUAGUUCCCUACUCAUUGGCCUGCUACGCUGACCGGAUGUGGGUGGGGUACUUCGACGGAAGUGUGAAAGUUUACGAUAUCGGUUCCUGAUUGGUCACACAUUGAUAGCAAAAUCGGAUUGAAUUCAUGUCAGUAAAGAGGAAUCAGGAAAAAAGCAGGAAAAUAACAACCUAUGAUAUUUCUAUUAUUUGUUAGCCCUAAUAAUGAUCUGUGAAAUUUACGCGAAUCGAGUAAUGCGUGUUACUUGCUA